GAAAAUUUUCAAUUAGAUGGUCAGAACUCUUUAAAUGCUUUGCUUGUAGAUGAUGAUAAAUCGCAAGAAAUCGAGUUGAUUUAAAUGAUAUUUUUUGUCAUCGCAAUCACCGAAAGAACAAUAAAGAAUAGAAGAAUCGUUAUUAAUUGCAAUUUAAUCAUAUUUUAGACCGUAAACCGUCUACAAAGGGUUUUUUAGUUCGGGAGAAAAAAACUGACAUUUCAUCGUUCGCCAUUUUUCAAGUGAAUUUUUUUUUUUCCUCAACCUUUUCAACAUUUGUGGAAAUUUUGUGUGGCAAAUAAAAACGUUUUGAAGUGAUUUGAAUAUGUAAUUGUGAAACAUUAAUGAGUGGCGAGCAACAAGAAUUCAUCAACAUCUGGAUACGUGAUCGAUUGCCGAUCCAAAGCGCCUAAACAAACCAUCAACCGUCAAACUGAAAUGCACAAAUUGAUACUUUGCCUUAAUUAAUGAUGGAAAAAGGGCGCAGCAGUAGCAAAUAUGCUAAAAAGCGCCCAAAGAAAGCCAAAAAAUCGAAAAAAGAGAAACAUUCUCGUGAUGAUUCACGUGCAGCGACAACGCAAAAAAUAGUCGAAUAUUCAGACGUUAGCUCGGAAGAUCUAUCAUCACCCGAAGCUGGCGAAAUCGACGAUGAAACCUAUCCAAGCGACAAAGAAAGUUUCGGUAAUAAUGGAUCGUUGGGUCGUGUGGUCGUCAGCAAUGAAUCUAGAUUGGUGAAUCGGAAAAAUUCCGGCCCAGAACGUUUGGAUUUCAUAAUGAGUCCAAGUGAAGUGCGGAAGGUGAUAAUUGGUUCGCCCAUUAGUUCUUCGAAUUCAGCGUCCCGGUCGAAGCUUGGCGCUUCUGUAUCGCCGAAACCCGACCUACGAACCCAGUUAACGGCCAAAUUACCGAUAUCGACACCAACGUCACCAAUACCAGAAGACGAUGAUUUAGAUGCACUAGAAGUUGAUGAUGACGACGACGACACUGAGGAUCGUCGACGCAGAAAGGCGAAAAAAUCAAAAAAGAAAAAGAGCAAAAAACGAAAGAAGAAAAGACGAAAGUCAAUAUCAAGUGUGGAGAGCAUAUCAGACAAUGAAUCGAUACUGGAUGAUCCGAUUGCUGAUGCAUCGCCAGCCCGGCCGGCCUCACCUUGGGAAAAGACUUAUACACCAGUAAAAAAUAGCCCAAGAUCUCCAGCCACACCGCCAUUGAGACCAAGCAGUAACGUUAGCUUGUAUUCGGAUCGAAUGAAAGUGUCACCUCUGCCACCACACUUAAACAACAAAUAUAAUGCCUCACCCCACACACCACCAAUCGUGCCCAAAAAGCCAUCAUAUCAUAGUCCUGUUGACGUUGAUCAUGGUCACUCACACCAUAGUCACCAUUCCUCGUACCACACACAUCACCAUCACCACCAACCCAGAUCCCCAGCUGAACCUCGACGCGUUAGUAAAUCACCAGAUCGUCGAACCGACACUAGUCCACAGCGUCACCAUAAUCAUCGAAAGCGAGUGAUUGACCGGUCUUAUGAGCGAGACCGUGAUUAUCAUUCAUCAAAACGUGAUAGUCACAAAGUGUUUCGUGGAGAACGGGAUCGGGAACGAGACAGCGGUUAUGAUAAACAUAGCUCUCGGCGUCAUACAGCUAGGUCAUCCGUUUCACCUCGCAAUUCGAGUAGUCGUAAACGACGUUAUCCACACAGUCCUGACACGCGAUCGAACUCUAGAUCCCAUUCCAUUAAACGGCACUCCCGCAGUCCGAGUAGUCCUCGCUACUAUUCCACAUCAAGAAAUAGCCGAGCGCGUUCGCCUGCGUCUCCAUUGAAAAAUCCGACAAGGAAAAUCGACUUCAACAACAAAAUCAGCGAUACCAGCCUAUUCUUCGAAUUGGUGAAGGACAAGCACAAACGGAAUAAAGUACUGAAAGAAAUCAUGGACAAGAAAGAUGAAAACAUUCCGUCUGGAUCAGAGAACUCAAACAGCGCUAUUGGCAACGACAGCACCAACAACACGAACAAUGCCGAAACGAGUGUCAAACCAUCCGAUGCCGAAACCGUUUCGUCAACCGUGCAACAAGUUUCAACACAAUCGAAUGGCAUUAAAGACGGCUGUCAAGUGGUGGACAUUCCAAUGCCAAGAAAUAUAGGUAACGAUGUGGCUGACGGAUCGCAAGUACCACCGCCACCACAGUCGUUGCCACCCGUUCAGCCAAUUAUCGCCGAUGAAGCACCAACGCCACAAAACUCAGCUCCUGUGAUAACCAACUCAAUAAUCCGACCCGUCAAUCAAGUUCCACUAAUCAAAGCGACGUACACGAUACCCAAUCCAAAAACCAAACCGAAAAGCUUGACAAAUCUGCCAAUGCCGCCGGGUGUGAAUGUGAACGAGUUGGAGGACAUUGUCACGCCAAGUCCACCGAAUAGCAUUAGCCCAAUUAGUAAAAAUAAGGUGGCACCAGCACCGGUUCCGCCAAAGGAGACGCCGAACACCAAAAAGGGAUUGCUCAAUUUACCAAUGCCUCCGAUGGUGCCGGGCAGCGAAGAUUUGAGCGGCGAUGACGAGAUUAUUGGCUCUCCGCCACCAUCCACAGCAGGACGACCAGCGUCAAGGAAUUCGAAUUCGAAAGGGGCCAUUAAAAAAGAGCCGACAGUGCGACGAAAGCGACCUACAAUAUUGCAACGACGAAAUUCGCGUAGCCAAGCAAUCAAAGACUGGGGUGAACGGUGUGUCGACGUCUUCGAGGUAAUUGCUCAAAUCGGUGAAGGAACAUAUGGACAGGUAUACAAAGCUCGGGAUAAUUCGGCGAAGGUACUGGUGGCUUUAAAGAAAGUGCGUUUAGAACAUGAAAAGGAAGGUUUCCCCAUUACGGCUGUUCGAGAAAUUAAAAUUCUUCGCCAACUGAACCACAAGAAUAUCGUCAAUUUACGUGAAAUCGUGACGGAUAAGCAAGAUGCGCUUGAAUUUCGCAAAGACAAGGGAUCGUUCUAUUUGGUGUUCGAGUACAUGGACCAUGAUUUGAUGGGAUUGUUAGAGUCGGGAAUGGUGGACUUCAAUGAAGAGAACAAUGCCAGCAUUAUGCGGCAACUACUGGACGGACUUAACUAUUGCCACAAGAAGAACUUUUUACAUCGUGACAUCAAAUGUUCAAAUAUUUUAAUGAACAACAAAGGUGAAGUGAAACUUGCAGAUUUCGGAUUAGCUAGGCUGUACAAUGCUGAAGACAGACAAAGACCGUACACAAACAAAGUGAUUACGCUGUGGUAUCGUCCGCCCGAGCUGCUACUCGGCGAAGAACGUUACGGUCCAUCCAUCGAUGUGUGGAGCUGUGGCUGCAUCUUAGGCGAACUGUUUUUGAAGAAGCCACUGUUUCAAGCGAACGCCGAAUUGGCACAAUUGGAUACAAUAUCACGUGUAUGCGGUUCGCCGAUACCAGCCGUUUGGCCUAGCGUCAUCAAACUGCCUCUAUUCAAUACACUCAAAGUGAAAAAGGUUCAUCGACGGAGACUGCGCGAUGACUUUAUGUUUAUGCCUACGCCUGCACUAGAUUUGUUGGAUAAAAUGUUGGAAUUGGAUCCGGAUAAGAGGAUCACCGCUGAAGAUGCACUGAAGUCAACAUGGUUGAGAAAUGUGAAUCCGGAACAAAUGCCAGCACCUACCCUACCAACAUGGCAAGACUGUCACGAAUUAUGGAGCAAAAAACGAAGGCGACAAUUGCGCGAGCAACAAGAUUCAAUGCCACCCGGUAAACCAACGAAAUCUGAUCAAGGUGACUAAAAUCCAAAUCAACAGCUAAUUUAUUACUACGAUAAAUGAAGACAGUGUUGGUCACUCACACAAUGUGUGUGUGUGGUGCGAAUGGCGAAUGCACCAGAACAGCAUAACAAACAUAAAUUUACUGAAGUGUAUUUCAAUCUGUAUAUAAGUACACUAGUUUAACGUAAAAAAAACAAAAAAAAAAUAAUUAAUUUAGUUUGGGAGA